CCGCCAGGCUGCUCGCCUCUCAGACAGGCCUUCGCUUUGCCGUCGCGGCGCUCCGCCCCCUGCCCCUGGUUCCAGCAGCCUGGACGGGCGACGCCGGGUGACCGAAGCGCGAGAGUUAAGCGGGUGGGAAGGUGUGAGCCGCAAAGCCAGAGGAGGGCGGGAAGGAGGAAGAGGAGGCGCCGGGGUGGUCAGGGAGCCUGGGGGUUCUGCCAGCAGAGGUUCCUCGGCCACCGGACUGACUGACGGGCUGACUGCCUGCGGCGGCCUCCGGUCCGGACGCUUGGAACGGUGCGGCGCGGUGAGCGGAGCCAUGGCCUCCGGUGGAUAUAACCCAUAUAUUGAGAUAAUUGAACAACCCAGGCAAAGAGGAAUGCGUUUUCGAUACAAAUGUGAAGGACGAUCAGCAGGCAGCAUUCCAGGGGAGCACAGCACAGACAACAACCGAACAUACCCAUCCAUCCAGAUUAUGAACUAUUAUGGAAAAGGAAAAGUGAGAAUUACAUUAGUAACAAAGAACGACCCAUAUAAACCUCAUCCUCAUGAUUUAGUAGGAAAAGACUGCAGAGAUGGCUACUAUGAAGCAGAAUUUGGACAAGAACGCAGACCUUUGUUUUUUCAAAAUUUGGGUAUCCGAUGUGUAAAAAAAAAGGAAGUCAAAGAAGCUAUUAUUUCAAGAAUAAGAGCAGGAAUCAAUCCUUUCAAUGUCCCUGAACAACAGCUGCUUGAUAUUGAAGAUUGCGACCUCAAUGUGGUGAGAUUAUGUUUUCAAGUUUUCCUCCCUGAUGAACAUGGUAAUUUGACAACUGCUCUACCUCCUCUGGUCUCUAACCCAAUUUAUGACAACCGUGCUCCUAAUACUGCAGAAUUAAGGAUUUGUCGUGUGAACAAGAACUGUGGAAGUGUCAGAGGAGGAGAUGAAAUAUUUCUACUCUGUGAUAAAGUUCAGAAAGAUGACAUAGAAGUUCGGUUUGUGUUGAACGAUUGGGAAGCAAAAGGUAUCUUUUCACAAGCUGAUGUACACCGUCAAGUAGCCAUUGUUUUCAAGACUCCACCAUAUUGCAAAGCAAUAACGGAACCUGUAACAGUAAAAAUGCAGUUGCGGAGACCUUCUGACCAGGAAGUCAGUGAAUCUAUGGAUUUUAGAUAUCUGCCGGAUGAAAAAGAUACAUAUGGCAAUAAAGCAAAGAAGCAAAAAACAAGUCUACUCUUCCAGAAACUGUGGCAGGAUUGUGGAGUUACUUUUCCUGAAAGACCUAGACCUAGCCCCCUAGGAUCAACUGGAGAAGGAAGAUUCAUCAAAAAAGAAUCAAACUUGUUUUCUCAUGGUGCAGUUCUGACAGAAACAUCCAGGCCAGUUUCCAGUCAAGCAGAAUCCUACUAUUCCUCAUCUGUGUCCGUCUCAAGUGCAUUGUCACAUCAUGCUUCACCCAUACCCCCAGUGGUACCUCAGCCUUCUUCAAGCUGGUCAUCAGUGGCCCACUCCACCUCACGCUCAGUGAAUACGAAUUCACUGAGCAGUUUUUCAACAGGGACACUUUCCUCUAAUUCACAAGUUAUCUCACCAUUCCUGGAUAUGUCUGUGAGUGAUUUGAAUGCUUCUAGUACCUGCAUUUAUAACAAUACUAAUGACAUAGGCAGAAUGGAAGCAUCAUCCGUGUCACCAGCUGACUUAUAUGGUAUUUCUGAUGCCAGCAUGCUGCCUAAUUGCCCUGUGAAUAUGAUACCGCCCAGUAAUGACAGCAUGAGGGAGACUGAUAAUCCGAGACUUGUGAGCAUGAAUCUUGAAAACCCUUCCUGUAAUUCAUUUUUAGACCCAAGAGACUUGAGACAGCUCCAUCAGAUGUCCUCUUCCAGUAUGUCAGCAGUCGCCAGUUCCAGUACUACUGCUUUUGUCGCACAAUCAGAGGCAUUUGAGGGAUCUGACUUUACUUGUGCAGAUAACAGUAUGAUAAAUGAGUCAGGACCAUCAAACGGUACUAAUCCAAACAGUCAUAGUUUUGUUCAAAAUAGUCAGUAUUCAGGUAUUGGUACUAUGCAGAAUGAGCAACUGAGUGACUCAUUUGCACUUGGAUUUUUUCCAAGGUAACUUGUAAUGUUUAAAUGGUGAACAAGAAUUAAGUCUAAGGUUUGCAACCAUUUUGAUAUUCCGUAUAUAGAUUCUGUGUUCUAUAUUUCUCUGAAACUAUAACACAAGGAUCAACUGUAAUUAUAACUUUAGAUAUGUAGGGGAUUCCUCUAAGUCUUGGCUUGGGAGCUUCUCAUUUUGCUGGCAGAAUUUGUUGGGAUGUAAUGAAAGAUGAAUGCUCAGUGCUUAAAGCUGCAGCUGAAAGAGGGAUGAACUCAUUCCCCAACUUCACGAAGAGCUAGAAAAAGUCCGGCACUUACAGAUGACUUAUGCUUUAAAAGUAGAUAAUCCACACAGACUGAACUUCUAGGCUAUGAUGCAUUGUGAAAUCCUACAUGCAAAGAAUGUUUAUUUAAACUAGUACAUAUUUCAGCCCAGGUUAAAUUAUGUGACCAUAGAAAGUGUAUGAUGAAUCUGUGACAUGUUAAAUAUUGAAUAAAAUCAGUUUCUCCAUUAAAAAAAAAAAACAAUUUUGAGUAUGUAGAAUACAAAGUUGGAAACUGUCAUAAAAGGAAAAUUCUCAAAUAGUCAUUUAAAAGGGCUUUAGUAUCGGGGAGGGUAUAGCUCACUGGUAGAGUGCAUGCUUAGCAUGCACGAGGUCCUGAGUUCAAUCCCCAGUACCUCCAUUAAAAUAAAUAGAUAAAUAAAUAAACCUAACCCCCCCAAAAAAACAACCCCUAAAAAUAAAUAAAUAAAUAAAAGUUUUACUGUUUCUUCUUUUGAAACACGUGACCUGAUACUGUGUGUGGUGGGAAUUCUGUCUUGAGAGUCCUGCCGCAUUUUCCCAGGACAGACUUAGGAGAACAUUAAAGCAAGGCUCCAGGUUCUCCAGAUACACUUUUAAGAAAAAUUUUUUUUAAUUCUUUUUUAUUGAAGUGUAGUCGAUUCACAAUGUUAGUUUGAGGUGCAGCAAAACAAUUCAGUUGUACAUAUACAUAGAUAUAUUUUUUUCAGAUUAUUUUCCAUUACACCUUAUUACAAGAAAUUGAAUAUAAUUCCCUAUGCUAUACAGUAGGUCCUUGUUGUUUAUCUACUUUAUAUAUAUAGUAAUGUGUACCAGAUACACUUUUUUAUACUUCUUUUAUAAUGUAUUCUUAAUUAAAUGAAUUAACUGAUAUUUGCUUCUAAGCAAAUUUAAGGUAAAACCUGUAAUGGCUAUGCCAUUGGAAAAAUUAAUUUCUUCUUAUUUUUGAGGCCCCUGGGCCAAGGUGACCCCUAAGGGGUUUUCUGAGGCUUCUUGGAGUUUCUUAGAUUUAUAUGUAAAUCAAAAUUUCUUUUAAAUGCUAAGCUGGGCAGAAGGCAGUUGAAGUAAGCUUUCAAGGUGAUGGAAGGUUCUCUACAUUUUGGACUAUUUAAAUCCAUACCUUUUAAAAUUCCUUAUGAUUUUAGCUCUACACUCAUGUUUUUAAGGGGAAGAAGUUUUCUCUCUUACGUGUCCACACUCACUGUGAUCUCAUCCAAUUUCAUGCUGUCAACUCCCACAUUUUACCCCUAGCUUAGACCCAUCCCCUGAACUCCAGAGUUGGGGCAUAUGCCUGUGUGUAAAACUGCCUAUUUGAUAUCUCCAUGUGGAAAUCUAAUUAAAGCUCCACUCAACAUAUCCAGAGCCGAGUUCUUGAUCUUCCCUCCCAAACUUGCUUAUUCUUCAGUCUUCCUCAGCUGAUUAAAUGGCAAUGCCAUGUUUCUAGUUGCUCCGGCCCAAAACAAUGGAGUCAUCUUUGAUUCUUCUAUCUUGCAUAUCCAGUCCAUCAGGAAAUCCACUUGGCCCUACCUUCAAAAUGUGUCCAAAGCCGACCACCUCUUUUGAUCUCUACUGUUAACAUCCUGUUCCAGGCCACCAUCAUCUCUUGCCUAGAUUGACGCUAUAGUUUUCAAAACUCUCUUUACAUCCUUGCAGUCCUACAAUCUGUUCUGCCUGAAGUAGCCAGAGUGAUUUUUUUAAAACAAGUCAGAAUCAUAGUCAUCCGCUCAAAACCAUCCAGUGGCUCUCUAAGACCAAAAUCCUUAAAAUUAGCAGGCCCGCACUCCCUCUCCUGCCCUCCUCCACUACCGUUUCUCCCAUCUCAUUCAGCUCUGGGCACUCUCUGGUCUGUGUUCAUCCACAAAAGCACUGUGGACACUCCUGCCUUAGACCCUUUGUACUUGGUGUUCCCUCUGCCUUAAAUGUCUACCCUCAGAUACAUGCAUAGCUCACUCCCUAGUCCUUCAGUCUCACUCAGCUGUCGUUUGAUCAAGGCCUUUCUUGACUAUGUAUACAUUGGCAUUCCAUGCCCCCCCUCCUUUAAAUUUGUCCACAGCACUUACCAAGAUCUGACUCUAUUAAGCAUUUGUUUCUAUUUGUUUUCCUAUAUUGGAAUAUAAGCUCCGUGAGGGCAAAAUUUUGUGUUUUGCUUGUUGAAUCCUACAUUUGUAGAACAGUGUCUGCCUCAUAUUAAGCACUCAGUAAAUAUUUAUUGAAUGUUCAAAGAACUACUAAUAGAACCUUAGUUUUUGAAAGAGAGAAUAGCUUUAUUAGAAUGUUUAUGAUUUUUAUAGUUGUGUUUAAUGUGACAUUGGGUUUAUUGUAUCAGAAUCAUGUACAUUCAGGUAGAGGAUUAAUAAUGAAGACCCAAAUUGUUUGAAAGCAGAGUAAUUCCAGUGGCAAAAUGAUUGUAGCAUUUGGGCAAUAAUCUUAACUGUGAUGGAAUUAUCAUGACGCUAAGUAACUUAUUAAAGACUUAGUUUAUUUUACAACUAGAACCGACUAUAAAUGUUGAGUAUAUUCUUAGCUAGAAAAAAUUUCACUUAUAUAGUAUCCAACCAAACCAUAAAUUUACUGGGGCAAAUAAAACUAGCCAGUUUGGUCAAAAUGGGCAAUAUAUGCAUGCCAUUAAAAUUCUGAGUUGAAUGAAACUGGGAAAUGAGAAGGAGAGCAAGACAAGACUUGGGAUCAGGACAGUUUGAGAAGCAAAAGAUGAUUAAAGGACCUAAGUAUCAUUAAUAUUUCUCAGAAAUUAUGAUUUCAAAAUGAAACAUUUCUGUUAAAUAACUUUAAAAAUCAUAAGCAUACAACAUACUUUAGUAAAACUUACCAGGAAUGAAGAAACCUGAAGGCAUAGUUUCUUGUUCAAAAUAUGAACCCAGAAUAGCUCCAGAUAGUGGCUUAUAGAUGGAGAACCUUUUUUAAAAUACAAAAUCCUAUGAUUUUGUAUUAAUUAGCACUUACCAGCUUUAACACUGAUCGUUAGGAUAUCUAAAUGAAUGGAUUUUUUAAAUUAAACAAUUGACUUAUUUUGUAGGGUGUAAGCUGAAUUAAGUUCCUGUUACCUUUGUGUUCAGAGUAUAUCAAAUGGAUUUUUCAUUUUUCAGGUGCUAUUUAUGGAUCAUAGAUUUUAUAAUUUUAAAAAUCGGCAACUUGCUUCUUCUUUUUCUUUAAAUGUAUUUACACUUUCAGCUGCUCUUACAAUACCACUUUCAGCUUUGAGGAAAAGAUGACCUCUACUUUUAAGCUCUGCUUGUGCGCUGGGUCCCUCCUCCUUUCUCCCCAUCUUGUUUCUGUACCCUCCUGUCACCGUUUAGUGCUUUUCUGUGUAUACACAUGGUAGACGUUUUCUCCAGCCUAAAAAAGGUGAACACCUUUCCUACCAUCCUCAUGCUGCUUCCUGUCACAUUCAGACGCAUGAAAUGCUUUCAGCCUCCAUUUCCUCACUUCUCAUUCUUUAGCCCAUCAGUCGUUCACUUUUAUCUCCUACCAUUUUCAUAUAAUAUUCUGGGAAGAGUGACCAGAGACACCUCUCUUGUCAAAUCUAGUGUCUUUUUUUUUUAUCAGUCCUCACCCUGCUUGACCUACCCAUCCUCUUGACAUCCUUGGAUGCUCCUCCAAGGUUUCUGUGGUAGACAGGAUUCCCGUCUGAGGUUGAUUUUCUUUCCAGAGUCUCAGCCCCCAUCCUCAGUUGGUGCUGUUUCCCCCCGGGUGACCUCGUCAGUGCUCAGAAUGCUUCACCUUUCUCUCACGGUACCUGAAUGCCUUUACAAACUGGCUGCUCCUGUUGCAAGUCUCCACUAUCAUUAAUGGCAUUACUAUUUACCCUGCCGUCCAAGCAAGAUAUUUAAUAGGAAUCUCAAAAUCAUACUUUAUUUUUUUUCUCCUUCACACUCCCUCAAGAGUUACCAAGUCCUUUUGGGUCUGCCUCCUAAAAAUCUCUUGCAUUUGUCCUUCCUUCAUUCUUGCUGCUUUCUUAGUGUAGACCUUCAUUUUUUCCCCAACAAGAAUCUUUUCUCUAUUGCUCCAGUUAAAAAUACCCCAUUCCUCGCUAUACCAUACCAUAUAGAUAGUACCCCCUGAAAAAACUUUCAGGCCACUAGGCCUCCAUGCCUUUAACAUAUUAUCCACUCUGCCUCUGCUCUUUACAGCCACAACAGAUGGUCUUUAAGACGAGGCUUCUCCUCUGAAGUUUGGUCAUUCCUCCCUAUCUGAGUACAGCUUUGUUCAUGCCCCUAUUGCAGAACUCCUCACUGAAUAAUACAGUUAUUUAAAGUCUGUCUUAUUCACCUUUGGGACUCCAUCACUUAGCACAAUCCCUGUCAUAGUUGGUGCUGAGUAAAUAGCAGUAUUAUUAGAGAGGGAAGGGUGAAAUUGACAUAGGAGUCAUUAUAGAAAAUGUGGACAAGGGUAUGGUUUUCAAAGGGAAAAGCAGUGAUGCCGGGAUUACCAGACUCGUGAAAUACUUUUCUCUCUCUCUCCUGUAGUGUCAGCUGUAUUUGGUAGAAAUUUUAUAGUUACUAAGACUGUUUCGUAUCUCGGACCUUGCUGCUUCUCUCUCUGUUGUAUCUGUCAGGUUUAAUCUUAAUUCUCCCUUGGUGUAUUUUCUUAGCACCUUACCCUGGCACUGAAACUCCAGUAUUUAUGUAAUCAGUCACCUAUCACAUUUUUGAAUAUCUAAUGUGCAAAGCCACCAUAUCAGAUGCUAGAAAUGACACAGGUGAAUGAGACCAGUCUUACUCUCAAAGAUAUCAGUCUUUUUCUUUUGAGGGAUAACCUAUACAGUAAAGUGGACUAAUUUUAAGUGUACAGCUUGAUGAAUUUUUACAUAUGUAAAUAAUCAUAUCUGGCUCCCCAGAAGUUUCCUUCAUAUCCCUCCCCAAUCUACUUUCUCCUCAAAAUCACUAUUCUGAUUUCUGUCACCAGAACCCACUGUCUUAAUGGCAUUUUACAUUGGUAACUGGGAUUCCCUACUCAAAACCUUAGUGAACAAAAACAGCUGGGUUGUCAAUUUCUAACUUAAUACUUCAGAAAAACUAAUUAUACCUAGCCCAUGUUAGGAGAGACUUGGAAUUGAUGAUCCAGGCUGCCUAAUAGCACCAAAUAAUUUGUUGUAUUAUAUCAUAAAUUGAUUUAUUGAGGGAUGAAAAAUAACUUUGUGAUGUUAAAUAACAUAAAGAAAUGGAAAGAAUAAGUAAUUUUUAAUCAAAACAUCUGGAUUUGCAUCUUCAGCUCUGCCACUUAGAAGUUAUGUAAUAUUUAGCACUUUACUGUGGGCCUCUCCCAAAUAUAAAAUGCAUAUAAUUCCCAGCCUACUUACCUCACAAAGUGUAUUGUAUUAAAUAAAAUAAUGCAUAAGAAGCAAUGCUGUAAAAUAUACAGUGCUAAUCAAACAUUGUUAAUAAACCGACAUCUGCAUAGAUCCUGUAGCCUUGAUUAAUCUCUAAUCCAAACAUUUCUUCCAGUUAGCAGAGUGACAGAAAUCACUAUGGAUUCGACUCUUUAGUAACAAACCCGAGAUGAGUUUCUCUUUAGAGUGGCUAGCUGGAAGGCCUUCAUUUGGCCUUAUUCUUUCCAGACCAUUUCCUAUUAUAUAGUGAAGAUAAAGUCAGUAACUUCCAAUUCUGAAAUUCUAUGAUUCUUAAUUUCUUUACCAAAGUUGACUAUGAAUUGGGAGUAAUACGACUAUCUUACUAAAAAGGAGGCUCAUCAUAGCUAAUGAAGUGGCUACUGAAAGAUUUAUGAUGUGUUUUGUUUCUGGAGAUUGAGUAUGAGAGGGACAAAAUUAAGGUGCUUUUUGCAUCACAUAUAAUAGAAAAUUUCAUGCUGUUUAACAUUAAAGCCUAGGAGUGGGUAGUGAAUCAGAGAGAAAUGUAUGGGUUGUCUGUAUCCAUUUUAUGCCUUUGUUUGCCUACGAUCUAGUCAAAUUAAUAUUUUAACUAAUAUAUCUUAGCAGAGUUUAAAGUACAGACUUAACAUCAGUGGCUAAGAUCAAAUCUCAAGCGUAAUCAUGUCUGUAAUAUUUUUUCAUGCAUUCAAAAAUAUAGACCAGAAAAUCCCCCAAAACUAAAAAGCCCCAAACCAAAGACCAUCAUGUCCCCACUACCCUCACUAAUAAAACAGAUACAAUUUUUAAGCAAUAUUUCUUCUAAAUGAUUUUUUCUAUUCUAAAUGUCCAUGGCUUUAGGAAAAAAUACCACCUGCUAGUAAUUAUUUAAAAGGAGUAGAAUUUAUCAUACCCUAAUAUUCUUAUCUCUUACUUCUACAACUUCAGUUUACUAUUGGACUUUUAAAAAAGUUUAAAGAAUUACCAAAAAUUCAUCAAACCCCUAUGUGUGAAGAGUAAUAUACAGUAAUUAGUACAAAAUGUUGGUAUUUUAGUAUAUCAAGUUUUCAGGAAUAUUAGCAGAUAAAUAAAAUAUAAAUUUUUGUUAGAAGUAUCAAACAUUCAUCUUGCCUAUUUUUCUUCUUAAAUUUUAAUCAACAACAUUACAGCUUUGCAUAAAAUGUAAUAAAAAAUAGAUAAGUUGGAGUAUUUAGGGGUCUCCUUGUGGAAUUCAGUUUCAGAAGACUUUGUUGGUAACACACCUGAUUUUAUUGGAUAAUUAGCUGAAAAUGGUGGUCACUGGUGCACAGUUCAGGUAGCUUUGAGUUGGAAAGGAAAACAAAGUAUUUGGGUAUUGGGCAUUCUUAAACGCAUGGUUCAGAUCAGAUGAACCCUUUUCAAGAUGACUUCCAUUUUAAAAGAAUGUACUUAACAAUACUAUUGACUAUGAUGAAUCCAGAUCCCUGCAGAAUGGCACUAUUCCAGUUUUUUAAACUGUUCUGAGUGUUUUUAUAUAGUUAUUAAUGACUGUAAUGAAUCUGAAAAAAACUGAUUUUUAAAAGUUCUCAGGUACUGUUUAAUUAUUUAAGCUUAAGUGUGAUAUCAAGAUGUAAUCAUUUUUAAAAUGUCAAAAUACCUUCUAUUGUACAGAAUAUUUUAUUACCUUUGUAUGUAAUACCUUGUAUACAGUGAUUUUUUUCCUUGGAAAUAUAAUAAAUGGAAAAAAUUCUAAAACCCUUACAA